GUCAGCAGUCAUCUCCUGUACUGUCCACACAGUCCGCAGUCUCUGGUUGUCUCCUGUACUGUCCGCAGUCUCUGGUCAUCCCCUGUACUGCCCGCAGUCUCUGGUCAUCCCCUGUACUGCCCGCAGUCAUCUCCUGUACUGUGUCCGCAGUCUCUGGUCAUCUGUACUAUGUCCACAGUCUCUGGUCAUCUCCAGUACUGUCCACAGUCUCUGGUCAUCUCCUGUACUGUCCGCAGUCUCUGGUCAUCCCCUGUACUGUCCGCAGUCUCUGGUCAUCCCCUGUACUGUCUGCAGUCUCUGGUCAUCCCCUGCACUGUCCGCAGUCUCUGGUCAUCUCCUGUACUGUGUCUGCAGUCUCUGGUCAUCUCCUGUACUAUGUCUGCAAUCUCUGGUCAUCUCCUGUACUAUGUCAGCAGUCUCUGUUCAUUCCCUGCACUGUCUGCAGUCUCUGGUCAUCCCCUGCACUGUCUACAGUCUCUGGUCAUCCCCUGCACUGUCUGCAGUCUCUGGUCAUCCCCUGCACUGUCUGCAGUCUCUGGUCAUUCCCUGCACUGUCUGCAAUCUCUGGUCAUCCCC